CUCAAAAUCCCACUUCUAACUCUUCCAUCCACACCCCCAUUUUCUCCAUGAAACUUUCUCGUCUAAAUUCCCUCCGGCGAGUUCAGUCCGGUGAGCUUAUCAUGAAGCUCCCCGACGAUCAGGACGAUUCCAAAAGACCACAAUUCCCUCUCGAUCCCACCUCUUACAAAAUCAUUGACGAAAUUGGUGUCGGCGUCAGCGCCGUCGUGUACAAAGCCAUCUGCAUUCCGAUGAACUCUGUAGUGGUAGCCAUCAAAGCCAUCGACCUCGAUCGAUCACGAGCCGAUUUCGACGACAUUCGAAGAGAAGCCAAAAUUCUCUCACUUCUCUCUCACCCCAACAUUCUAAAUGCCCACUGUUCUUUCACCGUCGAUCGUCGCCUUUGGGUCGUGAUGCCGUUCAUGUGCGCCGGAUCUUUACAGUCCAUUAUUACAUCGUCGUUUCCCGAUGGCUUGCCGGAGCCCUGCAUCGCCGUUGUUCUCCGGGAAAUUCUACAUGCUCUGUCUUACCUCCACGACCAAGGCCAUCUCCACCGAGAUAUUAAAGCCGGCAACAUUCUGAUAGACUCAAAUGGGUCUGUCAAGCUCGCUGAUUUUGGAGUUUCGGCAUCGAUUUUUGAGGCGAAUUCGAAACAGGGGGAGUCAAUUUCUCCGUUAUCAAAGUCGAUGAUGCUGAAGGAAGUCGCCGGAACGCCAUACUGGAUGGCACCAGAGGUGAUUCACUCGCAUAAUGGGUAUAGUUUGAAAGCGGAUAUAUGGUCAUUUGGAAUCACUGCGUUGGAAUUAGCCCAUGGACGACCUCCCUUGUCUCAUCUCCCUCCUUCCAAAUCCCUGCUUCUGAAAAUCACGCGGAGGUUUCGAUUCUCCGAUUACGAGAACCACGGAAACUGCAAAAACAAGAACAAGUUCUCAAAAGGGUUUAAGGAAUUGGUAGCCUCUUGUCUCGAUCAAGAGCCAUCGAGAAGACCCUGCGCUGAGAAAUUGCUCAAACAUCCGUUCUUCAAAAACUGCAAGGGGCCUGAUCUUCUCGUAAAGACAAUAUUACAAGGUCUGCCGAGCGUAGAAGAGCGACUCAAAUUGCAAAAAUUACAGCGAUUGCCGUCAAUGAAAACAGAGGAAGAAGAAGAGGAAGAAGAAUUAGAGAAGGAAAUUAUAAAACAGAGGAGGAUAAGUGGGUGGAAUUUCAACGAGGAUGGGCUAGAGCUGGACCCUGUUUUUCCAGGGGAAAACUGCGAGGAGGAAUGUUCAAUGAUGGAGAAGAAGGGUUCGGGGGAUUUGAGCGAGUGCUAUUCGGGGCUGUCGGAUCUAAGUUCGCCGGUGGGGAAUGAGAGGGCAGGAAGCGGCGGCGGAGGGGAGGAGGAGGUGGUUGACAGGGAGUCGAUAGUGGGGGGAUUGGUGGCGCUGAAAAGGAGCUUAGACGAGCAGAGGAGGGCGGUGGGGAGUUUGAUAGAGCUGUUGGAAGGGGAGAAAGGGGGAGAGAUGAGCAGAGAAGAGCAGAUGGGGAGAUUGAUGGAGAAGAUGACGAGGGAGUUAGAGAAUGAGAGGAAGAGGAACUUUGAAUUGGAGAUGGAGUUGGAAUUUCUUAGGCUUCAGAUUUCUGCUGCUUAUAAUAAUAAUGAUGAUGAUGGUGCUGCUUCAACCGCCAUUAAUAACUAAUUUCAGACCUUCAGAAUCUCGCUUGUUUACUAUUUAUUUGUCUACAUUUUGUUGUAUGGAGUCCGAAAUUGAGUUCUCAUCUUUGUAUUAAUUUAAAAAAAAAAAAUUAGACUAAAAGUUCAAUACCAUAGGGUAUGGCUUUUGCCUGCAUGAAUUUACCAAGACCGACUAUUUUACAUGUAGGUUGUGAUUUCACUCUUUCUUAAAUUCAAUCCUUUUGAUUAGGUUUUCUCA